ACUAAGCUGGGGUCAAUGGAUACGCAAGUGUUUUACCGGCCGAUAUGAACUAGGGCACAGCAGCAGUGGUAUCAUACUGCCUGGCAGGCACGGUGGGGACGGGAGCCGCUCACGUGCGCUCAGGACAGGAACUCUUCACGGUGUGCUCCAGCUGAUCUCUGUCUCCUUCUGGUCUCCUGUUGUACUGACAUUGAGAAAGUCUGCCUUUGGAAGUUUUACUGAUUAAUUUGCUAAGCUGAUCAUGCCAAUUUAGCUUUGUUAAAUGAUGUACUGAAGUGCAUCAUGUCAGGAGCGCAUCAAAAUCAUAUGAGCGACGGUCUGCAACUUGAGGCUCUGCCGCCGCUGGGCGAUGACAGCAAGGCGAGGAAGUGUCGAGCGGACUCGUCAGACUCAGAGCCGGCAGAUUUGAGUCCUGUGAGGGGUGAGAUGAACAGUGAAGCAUUGGACAUUGCCAAGGGGCAGUGCAGCAGUUCCCCUCGGGCACACAGCACAACCGACCCUGAAGUUACGAACGCGAGAAGUCCCUGUCUUCCCGAGACAAGUAUUGUACAUUCAACUUCUCCUCACAGCAGAACCAGCCCGGCACCGUGUCAUGCCGGACCUUGCUUGGGGCCAAGCCAGCCCCCAGCCCGCCGGCCUGUCGUCUGGCACCCGUGGGAUGACGACGACGAGGACAUGGAUCAUGUGCCCGUCGAAGUGGAAGAAUCUGACAAAGCAGUAAACCCUGAAAUCAUCACUGAAUACUCAGGGAACGAGAAGGAGAACAUACGCAAAGAGGACGACCAGGAAGAAUCGAGCCCCGAGGACGAGACUCCUGUGGACGAGAUGCUUGCUAGUAAGAAAUCGUCUGACGACAACAAUAACAGCAAGUCGAAGGUGAAGUCCCGUGCCCGGGACCCGAGCAGGCUGGGGAAACCUCGCCGUGUGCGCACAGCCUUCACGUACGAACAGCUGGUGGCGCUGGAGAACAAGUUCAAACAAACCCGCUACCUGUCCGUCUGCGAGAGGCUGAACUUGGCGCUGUCUCUCAGCCUGACCGAGACUCAGGUCAAGAUCUGGUUCCAGAACAGGAGAACCAAGUGGAAGAAACAGAACCCCGGGAUGGACAUCAACGCCGCCAUCACUGCAGCCAACACAUACCCCUCUCCCUACCCCCUUCCCCUCUACCCCUUCGCUGGCUCACUGUUCAGGCCGCAGGUGCUUUGUCCCCUUCCCACCAGGACUCCCAUCAUGCACCUCUCCCCGGCCCUCCUGAAAAGGGAAUUCCGGCCGCCUGGGGGGCAAGUCCAUCACUUCCUGCCGUCUGAACGGGUUUAGCACCUCAGUCACCUGUUCUACAACUGAGAUUGCAUUUUCUCUCGAAAAACAGUUACAUUUUCGUCAUCAUAUUGUCAAUAUUCUUCUGUUCAUGUCUAACGUUAUAUUUUCCAGAACGGUGUCUAUAUAUGGACAUUUGACUAAACCCUUAUAUAGAAAUGAUUACCUGAUUGCUUUAAAUGGCAUGCAAAUUGCCAUCGCAAAAUAUUUUUUAUGAAUUUUUGUAGCAUUUAGUUCCGUCGACUCCUGUUUGAUAAUUAUGGUACAAUAACAUUAUUCAUCUGUAUAUAGUUCCUGUCUAUAACAGAAGUCUUGUUAAUUAAUAAUCAUGUUGGGCCUUAUGUUCUACCUUAUUACAGCCAAUUUUAUACGUACACUUAAGGCCACUUGAAUAAAUCAGAAGAGCGAAAAUAUCACAACCUACCUCAAACACUAAACAUCUAUCAAAAUAAGGUUUUCCUUUCAAACAGUAAAUGUCCGGUAGAAGUGGUAUAAUUUGAGGUGCAUAAGACUGAAAAUUUGAUAUCAUGCAUUUGUAGAUUUCAGCAUAUAUUCUGGUCUCUACAUCGCUAUUAUUAGGAAUGGCUCUUUCGUCAUAAUAUUUAUGGCUGUUUCGUCAUAAUAUUUAUAGCAAAAUAUAUGUAAAUAAUUUUUAGAAGUUAGGAUUAUUGAAUCGUAGUUACGGCAUAAUCACCAGUAACAUCAAUGUCUGGACUCUGGACUAAUAAAGAUAUGGAUAAGCA